UCGGAUUUUUCUGACUCUAUCUCUAAGAUUAUCAACUUCUCUCUCUAAGAUAUUACCCUCUCAACUCUAUUCGGAAUUUCCUCAGUUCUUCCAUCGUCGGUUAUUCUCCCAUUGCUUACUCUCCUUGACCCAUCUUCCCGAGUCUUUACCGGCGACAAAUUGAAGGCCAUAGAGGAAGAGGUCGCGCGGUUAUUGGCAGCGGGAUUGAUACGCCCGGUGAAAUAUCCAAAGUGGUUGGCAAACGUAGUCCUGGUGAAGAAAUCUUCAGGAGCCUGGCGAAUGUGCGUUGACUACACAACAAUCAACAAAGUGUGCAGGGAGACCCUUACCCACUCCCUCGCAUUGACCAACUUAUCGACGCCACCGCCGAUCACGAGACACUGUCUUUCCUUGACAUGUUCUCGGGAUACCACCAAAUCCCAAUGUCCCGCGAAGAUGAGGAAAAAACGGGUUUCAUGACGCUGUUUGGAAACUUCUGUUUUGUUGGGAUGCCGUUCGGAUUGAAGAACGCAGGCGCGACAUACCAGAGAAUGAUCGACACGGUGUUCUCCCGACAGAUUGGGCGGAACAUUGAAGCAUAUGUGGAUGAUCUCAUUGUCAAGACCAAAGCGGGCAAUUCACAUCUGGAGGAUCUGCGUGAGACGUUUGAAGCUCUCCGCGAACAUAACCUUCGCCUAAACCCAUUAAAGUGUGUUUUCGGAGCAGAAGCGGGGAAGUUUCUUGGGUUCAUGAUAACCAAGCGCGGCAUCGAAGUCGACCCAAAACAAAUCACGGCGGUCCAACAACUACGGGCACCAAGAAGCGCAUUGGAAAUCCAAUCCCUGAAUGGCAAAAUAGCAGCGCUGGGGAGAUUCAUACCAAGGUCAGCCGACAAGUGCGCGCCCUUCUUCAAAACACUCAAAAGCGGCACAAAGUUUGCAUGGACCAAGGAAUGUGAAGCAGCAUUCCAAGAGAUGAAAGCGUAUCUUGUAUCCCCUCCUGUAUUGACCGCUCCCAAGCUUAAUGAAAAAUUAUUCCUUUAUCUGGCCGUGUCGACAAGAGCUGUGAGCGCAGUCCUGAUAUCCAGAAGAAAUGAUAAAACCGAGCAACCUGUGUAUUAUACUUCGCGUACGCUAGUCAGCGCGGAAACAAGGUACUCCCCAAUAGAGAAAGCCGCCCUGGCAUUGGUAAGCGCGUCACAGAAGUUGCGUCCCUAUUUCCAAGCGCACCAGAUCACUGUCCUGACCAACCUCCCGCUAAAGAAAAUCCUAACUUCGAUGGAAGUGUCGGGGCGCAUGGUGAAAUGGGCGGUCGAACUCUCAGAAUACGAUAUCCAAUAUGCGCCGAGACCAGCAAUAAAAGCCCAAAUCCUAGCAUAUUUCAUCGCUGAAGGAGUCACCCUCGAAACAACACCAGAGGGAGUAUGGGAGGUUUACGUCGACGGAGCGGCAAAUAAACAUGGUGCUGGCGCGGGGGUCGUUGUGCGCACACCCACAGGCGCCGUUCAUGAGAUAGCAAUCAGAUUCAGAACGUUGAAGACGAAUAACGCGGCCGAGUACGAGGCCAUCCUGGCGGGAAUGACUGUCGCCCACGAAUUGGGCGCAAGAACGAUAAGGGUACUUUCCGACUCCUCCCUGGCAGUCAACCAACUGAAUGGAACCUUUGACGCAAAGGAAGACACCCUUGCGCAUUACAUGGAGCGUGUCAAGCUACGGGCAGCCAUCUUCGAGGUGGUAACUUACGUGCAAAUACCGAGAGAGGAAAAUGUGCACGCCGACGCGCUAUCCAAGCUAGCAACCGCCACCGACUUCGAGACAACGCGUCUCGUGUCGGUCCAGAAGGAAGAAGAGGAAAAUCGCCAAGAAGUGGCGAUUAACACCACCCAACUCAUGCCCGAUGAGGACAGGAGAACCCCAAUUGUGCAGUACUUACAAGAUGGUACGAUACCGGAGGAUGCUAAAGAGGCGUGGACUUUGAGACAAAAGGCGGCCCGAUGCACACUCAUUGGAGGAGAAUUGUACCGACGGUCGUUCUCGGGUGUCUACCUAAAGUGCAUCGGACAAGAAGAGGCGCGCGACAUGGUACGUGACCUACAUGAAGGGUUGUGCGCAAUGCACGCUGGCCUACGCAGCAUGGAGGGCACCAUUUUGCUGCACGGAUACUACUGGCCGCGAAUAAAAAAGGACACGAAGAAAUACGCGGACCAGUGCCACAAGUGCCAAGUUAACGCGCGUCAGCACCAUCUCCCGUCCACCGAGCUCCAAGCCAACCUGAGCCCAUGGACUUUCGCGCAAUGGGGAGUGGAUCUCUUGGGUCCCUUCCCAACGGCAAAAGGAAAGCGCAAAUACAUUAUUGUGGCAGUAGACUACUUCACCAAAUGGAUCGAAGCUGAAGCACUAGCCUCGAUAACGGCGCAACAGGUGACGCUCUUCCUGAAGAACAACAUCUUGUCGCGCUUUGGAGUCCCGAACGCGCUCAUCUUCGAUCACGGGAAUCAGUUUGAUUGCGCAGAAGUGAUAGAUUUCUGCGACCAAGUAGGAACCAUCGCAAGGUUCGCAUCGGUAGCUUAUCCCCAAGCCAACGGCCAAGCGGAAUCCGCCAACAAAGCAAUCGCGCAUGGCUUGCACACCCGCUUGAACGAUGCCAAAGGUAAUUGGGCUGACGAGCUCAACACAGUGCUAUGGGCGCACCGCACCACGUACAAAGUGGCAACGGGCGAAACCCCUUUCGCCCUUACAUACGGCACCGACGUGGUAAUUCCCAUUAGGACAACAGCCCCGACCUAUCGAAUCACGAGGUACAACGAAGAAACCAACGAUGAAGCGUGUUUGCUGGUCCUGGAGUUGUCACAGGAAAGGCGCGAGUUGGCAGCAAUCAAGCUGGCCGCAAUGAAAGAGCAGGUAGCCAAGUACCACAACGCGAAGCUGGUUCCACACAAGUUGAUCCUCGGAGACCAAGUACUACGGCGGAACUUCCGUCCCGACCCCAAGCACGAAAAGCUCGCCUCAGUGUGGGAGGGUCCAUACCUAAUCCGCGAAGUGGUCGGUGCCAACACCUUCAAACUCAGCAAGUUGGGGGGCAACAAGAUACAAAGAACGUGGAACGCGCAAAAUCUCAGGAAGUAUCACCAGGCAACUUAAUAUGUAUUUUACUCGCUAUGGCGCUUUGUCGCAAGGGAAUGAAAAGUACUCAGUUCG